AUGGAGAAGUGGAAGGCUUUUGCCCUUUCGAAAGAAGAGGAGAAAGGAGUAGUAGCGAACGAUGAGGAGAUUAUCAAAGAGGAAUCCAUUCAGCGUACACUCGCAGGGAAGUUGUGGACUGAGAGUAAUUUCAAUACGCGAGCAUUCAAAACCACAAUGUUGAAUGCUUGGAAGCUGAAACACACAGUUGAAGUUCAGGACCUGAGUAAAAAUCUAUUUCUAUUCAAGUUUGCCUCAAAGAGAGAUAUGGAAUAUGUUCUCAAGCCUGGACCAUGGAGUUUAGAUAGAGCCUUGCUGGUAUUGAAACGCAUAUCAGGAGAGGAACAACCUUCAGAUCUGAACAUGCAUUUCAGUUCCUUCUGGGUCCGGAUAUACGACCUGCCACUUAUGCUCAGGUCUGAAACAAUGGCAAAGAAACUUGGAAACAUUAUUGGAACGUAUGAGAAAAUGGAUGUCAAGGAGGCGCAUCGGAACGACAGGUUUCUGCGGAUUAAGGUUACAUUAAAUCUGAAAGAACCUUUGAAGCGUGGAACAAUUAUAACUUUCAAAGAGAAACACAUAAGGGUCCAUUUCAAAUACGAGAUAUUGCCAACCUUUUUCUUUGUUUGUGGUCGAAUGGGUCAUCAGAUUAAAGAUUGUGAAACGGUUGAGGAUCUUAAUGAGGAAGGAUACGAGGAGCUAGAGGAUCAAGACUUAGCUUUUGGGCAAUGGCUACGUGCAUCCCCUCUCCCUAAACUGAAUGAAGAAUUUAAUAGAAAGGACUCUAGCUCCAGUAUUUGCAGCAGAGAACUCUUCAACGUUUCUUCUAGUCAAAUCCGCUGUGAACAUAAAGGGAAAGGUGAAAGUGAAGAUCUUGAAGUACAACAAGACAACCAUAUUCUAAACCAGCAAAAAGACACUGGUAAGUGCGGGGAGGAGACAAAUGUGAACCCUAUGAAUGUGGAGACGGUUGCUGAAUUCCUCGGAGCGGUUGCAUUAUCAACAGAGAAAUUAGCCAAGUCCAAUGAAGUAGGUGUCCAGAAAAGAAAGUGGGUGAGAAGAAAGAGCAUGAAAAGUGCUAAAACGGCUGCAGAAUCUUCGGCCAAGACAAAAUUAUCCAAGCGACACCUUGUGGAUGUCAUGGUGGUAGAAGGCUUUCUUGAUGAUUAUGGUGGGGGAGAUAAGAAAAGGAAACAAGUGGUAGAAGCUAAGCACUCUCUUAAAAAAGGAUCAUAG